AUGAACCAUGGAGAAAGAGCUGCAGGUGAUGACUUCGGGCGAGCAGUGUCAAAGGUGGCGGUUGCACAGAUAUGUGAAAGCACAGGGUUUCACAGCAUCAAAGAGUCCGCCCUGGAGGCUUUUGCUGACACUGCAAUCCGAUACCUCUUUGACUUGGGAAAGAUGGCAGAGUUCUAUGCUAACUUAGCUGGUAGAUCAGAAUGUAAUGUGUUUGAUUUCAUUCGAGCGCUAGAAGAUUUAGAAGCAACUCAAGGGUUUCUCGGUGCAUCUGAGCCUACACAAUGUCUUGCCGGCUCUGGCAUAGUGAGGGACAUGAUUCGCCUCAUCAGUUCAGGGGAGGGGAUUCCAUUAGCUCAGCCAAUACCUCGAUUUCCAGUGAUUAAGGACCGAAGUGUCAUCCCAAGCUUCAUGCAAAUGGGUGAAUCACCACCUUCCAAGCAUAUACCUGCUUGGUUGCCGGCUUUCCCCGAUAUUCACACCUACAUUCAUACACCCAUGUGGAAUGAGAGGUCCACAGAUCCUCGAGAAGAUAAGAUUGAACAAGCAAGGCAGCGGAGGAAGGCUGAAAGGUCUUUGUUGAGUUUGCAGCAGCGGCUGCUAUGCCAGGGUUCAGCAGCAUCACCGGCCUCGAAUAUACGAGGUGGUGCUGUACAAGAUUCAGAGGGAGUUGUAAAGAAUCCGUUUCUUCAGCCUCCUAUGCCUUCAGGGGAUGUAGAUGUUUCUUCCAUUGUCUUACCCUCAAAGCUCUCAGAUGAAAUUGCUGGUGCAAAUCAUGUUUCUGUGCUAGAGGCAUUUGCUCCUGCAAUUGAGGUAGUGAAGAGUGGUAUGACCGAUGGGCAGGAAGACAAAACCAUUCUUCCUGGGGUAAGGCCUACUGUUCAUUUCAAGUUCAGGAUUGGGAAGAAGCUUAUUGGCGAAUCUUUGGGUACAAGACAGCAGAAGAGUGCUGAGCAAGAGCAAAUGGCAUCUUUAACAGGCCGAGAAGAAGAGAGAGAGAUGAAAAAAAGAGGAGAGCUGAGUAUAUUCUCAAGCAGUCCGUGGAAAAUCCUCAGGAACUUACUCUCCUGUAGAUUAGUUUACAGACUGGCUGGCUUGAUCAGUGUCCAGGGAGUGAAUGAAUUAGCUGGAUCUGGCUUAACCCGCGGCUACAUCGUUUAUGCUCAUAAAUUAAGGUCUUCUAUCUUCUGGUGA